AUGUUCUUUGAGUUGCCGGUUUUCAGUUGGAUAAUUAUAUACUAUCUAUUAAUCAUUGCACAGCAGUCAUCCCAGACUUCGGUGGCAGAACUUCCAUUGGGUCCUGGGUUAUCUAGACCGAUUGUGCAUACUCCAGUAGGCAGCUAUCGGGGACUUUGGGCCCAAGACGGGAAUUACUCUAUGUUUCUGGGUAUCCCGUAUGCAAUAGUUGAUCCGGACAACGUUUUUGGUCCUUCUUUACCACACAAAUUUGAAGGGAUAUUUGAAGCAGUCGACGAUACUUCAAGGUGUCCUCAAAAUGAAGGUUUGAUAAUUAGUGGGAAACUGGACUGCCUUCACGUAAACAUUAACGUGCCCAAUAGUGCUAGCAUUUAUAAUCCCUUGCCUGUUCUGAUCUUCAUAUUUGGGGGAAUUUUCGAUUCCGGUUUUGCAGGAAGAUACUUAUAUGGGCCACGCUUCUUAGUCAGACAUGACGUCAUUUUCGUUACUUUAAACUAUCGCCUUGGCCCUUACGGUUUUAUGUGUCUAAACACAUAUAAUGUACCAGGGAAUCAGGGUUUGAAAGAUCAAAUACAAGCACUGCGUUGGAUUAAAGAAAAUAUACGAUAUUUUGGUGGAGACGACUCUAAAAUCACUGUAGCGGGAAACAGUGCUGGUGCAGUGUCUGUGGAUUACCAUCAGUACUUUCUACAGGAACAGCUUUAUAAUAGAGUGAUUUUGCAAAGUGGCGUUGCAUUAUCUCAUGGUAUUAAUGAAGAUUCUGAUUCUGAUCGAGAUGCACCUAUAAAAUUAGCAAAGCAGUUGAAUUAUUCAACAAAUGAUAUUAAUGAUGCUUUAUCGAUUCUAAACAAAGUGGAGCCACAUGAACUUAUUGCUGCAACAAGGGAUUCUGGUGUAAGUUUUCUACCGUGUGUUGAAAAGCAAUUCGAAAAUGCUAGUAACUAUGUAACGAAAUAUCCAGCUGAUUUAAACACAGUUUCUCGUAGAGAUGUGGAUGUCAUGAUUGGUAUUACUAACGACGAAAGCUAUCCGACAAUAACUUUGGACAUAGAAAGUGGUAAGUUUGAAUGUAAAGACUUCGUGUCUUUAAUUUUAGAAACUCAUUUUGAAUUCAAAAAUGAAAGUAAGCUUUUCAACGAAAUUAAAAAGACUGUCCGGUUGUUUUAUUACGGUGAUGAUAUCCAAUGUGCAGAAAACAAGAGACCGGAAAUGAAUAUACAUGCCGAUUUUACUUUUCACAGUCCAAUAUUAAGAACUGUUAGAAAGUAUUUGGAGAGUGGCGUGAAGAAUACAUACUUCUAUAAGUUUUCAUUUGCUGGUGAAAGGAAUUAUGUCAAGGAUUACAUGAAAGUACCAGCCACAAUAGGCGGUGCUUUCCACGCAGAUGAACUGGGAUAUUUAUUUGACAUUUCUUACAUGAAAGAUCGGUUGCGUGAUGAAGAUAUGCUAAUUAUAGACAGAAUGACCGAACUUUGGACUAAUUUUGCAAAAUAUGGAAAUCCAACACCGAAACCGUCAAAGUUGAUUCCUCUUCAAUGGCCACGCGUAUCCCGGGACAAACUGCCAUAUUUGGAGAUAAACACUGAACUACGCCUAGGAUCCAGACCGAUGCACGAGCGGAUGAGCUUUCUAGACCUUCUGUACAAGGACAUUGGACAUUAUCAAAGAUGGAUAAGCAAGGAUGGAAUAAUGAAAUCAAAUUAAAUUAUCAUUUAUAACGACCAUCUGGAAGCAUAUAAC